CUAAACAUGUAGCUUUUUUCAGUUGAAGCGCCUUUUUUUUCUGGUUAUAAGCCCAUCUCGGAUUUAAGCCUCUCAGUUUAGAAGGGUUGACGGUCGUUUCGCCAACGAGUCGUUUGGCCUACGUCCUGUUUUAAAGAGUACUACCGAGAAUUCGAAGGAAAAAAGUUUCUCCUGGAUCUAAAAGGUUUCUUCGAAGAGUGAACAUUGUAUUAAUUUUUAAACUUUCGAAGUGGACAGCAAGUAUCACCUUAAUAGCGAAAUUUGAAACGCCUUCCGUCGCCUCGGUCAUUUAAAAAAUAUUCUUGUUAGAAACCAUGAGAGUAGCGCCUGGAAAACCAUUGCUCCGCAUGUUAGUGGUUUUAAAUCGCUCGGCCGUAAGGAAUUUUGUUCUUAUUCAAAGAAUGACUUACAAGAUGUUAGCAAAACGACUUAUAAAACGUUUGCGAAACGGCUUAUAGCACGUUGGCGAAACGACCUAACACGUAAGCGAACGGGAUGUGGGCGAAAGGACUCGUAGGCGAAACGACCGGUCACCGUUUAGAAGCCCUGCUAAAACUCCUUACGAAGGUGAAUAAGCCCGGUAUUUAUAAGGGGCAGUUUAGGGUUUCUUUCGUUUGUUUGUUUUCAAAUGCGUUUCAAAAUGUUUCCUCAUCGCCCAGAAUUCUAUUUUCAUUAGCGACAUGCACUUACAGCAACCAGUUCGUCAAUGCACGGAAAAGCAAUUAAAUGAAUUAACCUUUCGGAAUCGCGAUUCGGAAUGCCCACGAGUCUCCGCAAACUCGGAAUCGGUGGCUGUCAUUUAAACUGGUUGAUGCGUGUAGCUUGAAUCUCAAGGUGUGAUAAGCGGGCAAUGGCACACUAAAAAGGCGGGUCGCGCCGUCAUUCGUGUGCAACUAGAUUCUUUCUUUCUUUUUUAGAUGUUACACUGGUAAAGUAAAGUAAAUGACAUUUUUUUUUCUUCCGUAAAACAGGUUACAGAAACUGUCAGCUUGUGAUAACGAGCUGAUAUCCAUCCCCGCAUCAGUACUGCAAAUCCCAACAUUGGUAAAGCUCCACUUGGCGCGUAACAAAAUCGCAUCCUUGUGUGACAACCACGAUGACAGUGAAGAAAUUUCCAGCACGCCUGACAGUGAGACAUGGGGCUGUACUGCUCUGAAGGUGCUCAAUCUGUCGGACAAUAAUCUGCAGCAUUUACCCAGUGGAAUCCAGGGCGCUACUGCAUUAACAAAGCUAUUGCUUGAUCGUAAUGACCUGAAAAAUUUUCCAAUGCCUUGGAAGUGUCCCUUGGUAAGUAUGAAGGAGCAAUUUACAAAUAAGAGCAUUUGUAUGAUAACGCUAUACGAGAAAAGACGUUUGUGAAAGAUUUUUGCUUCAGAGGUGAAACAGGCGUUUCGGAAAAAAAAUUCCGAGUUCUCCGUACAGGAGACUAACCUAUGACCUUCUGGUGACUAGUUUAGACGCUCUACCACCAAGCUAUAGGAGACCCGUGGACGUUGAGUCCAUUAACUACUUUCAUGUCAUUGCGACAAACAACUUGUCAGCUACUUCUAGGAGAGAGAUGUCGAAAGUAGACAUACUUUUUAAUCCCCCUUGGCGGCUUAUUUAUUUUAAGCAGGUUUUUCUUGAUGGGGGAGAGAGUUAAUAGAGAGAGGCGGUUUAUUUCAUUUAGUGUAACUGGGCGCUUUUUCAAAUAACCAGAAGAGCAGCGUAGAGAAAGCAUACAAUUAUAAUGCAGAGACUAAAAAUACAAAAAUACAUGUAGUCCCAAUAAUUGUCCUAAAUCACACUGGGGGUUAGGCCUGGUUAGUGCGCGGCCUUUUGUGCGAAAGGUUCCGAUUUCACUUCCCAAGUGUGACUUCAAGUUUCCGGGUUCUUUUCUCAGGAUCUCCCCAUUCUCACACUUUGUUUUCACUGUCACACUUUGUUUUCACUCUCGCUCCAGGAAUUUUGUUUAACCGCUCCCUCGAACUUCUCUAAUACGGGCUGUUUUGCAGUCUAACGGCGCUUUUCAAAAGUUAGAAUUGCCCGCCGGAGCCAUGGCCGGACCAGUCAUUUUGAAAAAGAAUUAGGCUCUUACCCAGAGCUUUUGUUUUAAAACCAUCUCUUCGUGCCCACUUUUGCAAGGAUUUGACUAAUCUGGCUGGAUGGUUUUGGUUAACAUUGAAUUUUUUUUAUUACGACGGAAAUGGUCUGGCCGGUCAGCUCUAUCAAAUCAGUGAAAAGCACCAGACUCUCGUUUCUUGCUUGUCAAGCUAAAGGAUGAUGCUUUCCAUUUUGCGAUGACAGGAAGCCCUGGAUCUUUCCCACAACAACUUCACGCACUUUUCCUGCAAUAUGGAAUUGGUGUGGGCGAGUUCUCUGAAGCGUCUGAAUCUUUCAUAUAACAAACUGGGCACCAUUUCGUGGAAUAUCUGCCAGCUGACUUGUCUUCAAGACCUGGAUGUGAGUCACAAUUGCCUCCGGCGACUGCCAAAUGAAGAGUUUUGGACCUGUACCACUUUGCAUAAAUUAAACCUUUCACAUAACAAGGUAAGUUCGCCGUGUUCUAAACGAGUGAAAACUGGGUACAAAAUGCGACCUCAAAGCUUCUUGGGAUCGUUUGGAGGGACAGGCCAACAAACAUGACGUACUUCAAGUGUGUUUUUAUCUGUCCCUUUGAACAAUCCCUACAGCCUUUGCGUUCAUAAGUCGUACCAGAUGCCCACGAUUGACUAUUUUGAGUUUGCGAAGGGACUGGGUCGAUGUUAUGUGGAAUUGCAUCAUGGGACUGUUUAGGGAAACAAAAUUUUGAGCAAGUUUUCUGCGCAACGUCGUAGUAGCGAGAGAGUCCUCCCCCCGCCAAAAAAAAGAACGUAAAGGUGCACGCGAGCUUAAGGCCUAAACGGGCGGAGCUUAUCCCUAUUUCCUUAACAUGAAGCAUGCUUAAGAGUAUUGCUACUCCCCCCUGGACUGGAUGCUAGUCCAUCCCAGGGUUACCCCCCAGCAGUAUGUUACUGGUACCCAUUUAUACACCUGGGUGAAGAGAAACAAAGGGGGGUAAAGCUCCUUGUCUAAGGAAACAACGCCACGGGCGAGGCUUGAACCCCGGACCUCCUGAUCCGGAGUUCAAGGUGUUAACCGCACACGUACACGCACACGCACACGACUCCAUAAUAGCGUCCCAGAGCAGUCAGUCCUUUAAAGCAAUUCUAAACAGCAGAAACCGUGUCUCACAAUCCACCACAAAAUGGCCAAUAAUUAAUGUUACGUAGUCCCUGGUAGAAGGGUCACUCGCCUACCCGCGCUAUGGCCAAUAAGUACUGUUACGUGGGUCACUCGCCUACCCGCGCUACCCUGGGCGAGCCAGCUUUUCGUACAUUUCCAAACUAAACGCGGGGAACCGUUUAAAUGAGAAAGAAAGAGUUGGCUUGGCUAGAAGGGUAACCUGCCUAGCCGGGUCAACCUUUUUUGAUGGUAGGAUCACCUUCCGCUAAGAAGCGGAAUGAGCGCUGUGCAUGUAUAUGCUUCGUUCUCUCCGACAGCCAUGGUACAAAAAAGUGCGAUACGCGUGUAUAUACCUCGUUCUUUCAGCCACUGUUCAGGCGAAAGCCGUAAGCUAACUGACCCAACACGUAAGCGAAGCGACUUCAGAAGUUAGCGAACAGGACGUUGGCGAGACGACUUGUAGGCGAAAGGACCGUAAACCUUUCUUCGUCAUAGACACUUUGGCUCGCCCAUCCAGGUCAACUCGGUGAAAGCGACAAUUGGAGCAUGCGCAAUUGUUGCUGGCUCGGGCAAAGGGGACAACUUUGUUGUUGUUGUUGUUGUUGUUGUUGUUGUUGAUAUACAUAAAACACUCGCUAAAGUUGACUAGGCUGGGAGGGUGACCCCCUUUCCCGGGACAACUUUUCUUCAUAUAAACUAGGACUUACUAGUAACAGUCAGGACCGUUUUUCGUUUUGUUGUUGUGUUUAAUUUUGUUAUGAUUUGAUGCAGCUUUCUGCCAAGCCACUGAUAGAUUCACAGACCGGAACACCGAGGCGGUUUCAGUUUUUCAAGAGUUCCAGCCAGGAAGACGCUCAAGAUGCCAAGACUGAUUGUGAGGUUCCCGUCUCACUGUUCUCUCCUACGCUGGAAACGCUUCUUCUAAACGAUAACAUCUUACACGUAAUUCCGUUAAGUGUCUGCCGACUGCUGAGUCUCAUAGAACUGGAUUUAAGCAAGUAAGAAGGCCUUUCUUUUCGUUUCCUUUUUUAGUCCAUAGAGAAUGAAAGAAUACGGUUAAAGAGCUAUAGUUGGACUAGGAAAUUCUUGGGGACUAGGAAGGAAACCAAAAAGAAAAGCGACACAGUCCCCGAGAGAAAAUGUACCACGGGUUGUUAUAAGCCCGUCACGGUUGUGACUCAUGUGCACGGUCGAUUUUUGGGAUUCUGGUCUUAGUUUUUCCAUUAGAGUUGUCUCUGAGAUAACGAAUUAAGAUAAUCUGUGUAAAGAAAGUGGAAUGUAAAGGUUGGGAUAUUCUUACAGAGGCUUAGGAAAUGAGAAACUACUUAAUUUAUUGAUUGUUUUCGCAUAAUCUUCGACUUUAUCAAUUCACGAGUCGGCUCGAAGAGCCCUUUGAUUCGAAAUCAGUGCUUGUCGUUCCCAGUCGUCCUCGGCGAUUUAUCGGAUGUGACGUGACGUCACCUGUCAAGCUAGUCGGAAGAAUUCGCCGAGGACGCCUCUCGCUAUCGCGCUCGGUUUCAAGCCUCCUCUGCUCACUCGAAUCGCGCAAACUGGCCUGGGAAGGAGGCUGAAUUAACCUGUUUUGUUAUAUUUUGUUACAGCAAUCCAGAAUUACGAACACUUCCUCCUGAGCUUGGUAAUUUACGUGAGUGCUGGCAGCUUCGACUCACGAAGUUAACCCUUCCUGGCAUUCCUAAACACGUGAGACCAGGUGAGCUGACAACUGAAUAUAGCUACGAUAAAACGUGCAACAAAAAACUGCAUUUUGUUUCGAAACAUUGCUGCAAGACGAAUUCAGAAGUGAUGUUGCGCGUUUAACUACCUACGUUCAAACCUGUCUUGCAACAAAUCAAGUUGCUGCAGGUUGCGUGAAUACUGACUUCUGAUUGGAUAAAAUUACGUGGGAGUCACGCCGUACACGGGAGAUACGUCACUUGUUGCAAAACAAGUUUGCUUUCGACCACAUCAAAACCUUGAAGGAGACUACAAUAAGCGACAAAAUUAAGUGAGACAAUUUGCCCUAAUGGCCUGUCUGACGUUUUCCCGACUUCUAAAGAAGAAUGAAACUUUCCUUUCCCCACCGCUCCAUGUAAUGUUGUGCCGCUUUUCGAGCUACCCAUGAGAAAGAACAUUACAAUCACCCCAACUUUCAACAGAGGCGAGGGGAAGAGGGGAAGUGAGUUUUUUUGUUCUCCGAAGUUACCCCAUUUGAGGAUAUUAACCCAACAGUUUUGUCGCCGAUAUUUGUUUUUCUUUGAAACAAUUUUUUACGACGAUCAUUCUAAAACUGCCCAGCUCACUAACCUUGCAUUUUGUUUUUAGGAGAAAAUGGCGUUCGACCUAAAGACACACUGGCGUACCUAAGAGCCACGUUGCGAAAGGCAGUUCCGUAUUACCGCAUGAAACUUAUGGUAGUCGGGUUACAAGUAAGUAAUAGUUCGAGCAGCGUGCUAAUUAUGGCCCAUCCACGCGACAAUGACAAAAUGUGUUCAGGUAGCGUGCUAGUUAGGGCCCAUCCACGCGACAAUGGCAAACUGUGUUCAGGUAGCGUGCUAGUUAGGGCCCAUCCACGCGGUAAUAACAAACUGUGUUCAGGUAGCGUGCUAGUUAGGGCCCAUCCACGCGACAAUGGCAAACUGUGUUCAGGUAGCGUGCUAGUUAGGGCCCAUCCACGCGACAAUGGCAAAAUGUGUUCAGGUAGCGUGCUAGUUAGGGCCCAUCCACGCGACAAUGGCAAAAUGUGUUCAGGUAGCGUGCUAGUUAGGGCCCAUCCACGCGACAAUGGCAAAAUGUGUUCUGGUAGCGUGCUAGUUAGGGCCCAUCCACGCGAUAAUGGCAAAAUGUGUUCUGGUAGCGUGCUAGUUAGGGCCCAUCCACGCGACAAUGGCAAAAUGUGUUCUGGUAGCGUGCUAGUUAGGGCCCAUCCACGCGACAAUGGCAAAAUGUCUUCAGGUAGCGUGCUAGUUAGGGCCCAUCCACGCGACAAUGACAAAAUGUGUUCAGGUAGCGUGCUAGUUAGGGCCCAUCCACGCGACAAUGACAAAAUGUGUUGUCUCUUUUAACUUAAAGUCAUAAUUUUGCGGUUGCCAAAUUUUUUUUAAAAUUACGAAUAUCGUCGCACCGAAAACAUCAGCUCCAAAGGUGCUUUUGAAGUUGAUUGAUUUACGGUUUUACAGUUAUUGCAAUCACCUCUCGCCUUGCUUUGGUAUCACGAACACGAGCAAACUCUCCUGCCAAAAAAUUAUAGUCAUUUCACUGAAACAAGCUCCCGCCGUGAGGUGAUCUGGUGAUAAAGAACUCUGGUGAUAAAGGACGUAACGCGACGGCACAAUUUUAUUGUUCUAUUCUGACUAAGGGGCAAUGAACGGUAUCUUUCAACACUUAGACAGCAGUAAGAUUUUCGUUUUCCGUUUUUAUCAUCCAAUUUCUGCUUUUAGUUAGGUGAAGGCUUUUUCUGUUGCGCGUCAGUGUAAGGAAAGUUUUUAGAUCUGUUUUGGCUCAUUGUGCUUCACUCGCUUGUGACACUGGUUGUACCUUUUUGUAGGGUCGUGGAAAGACCACGCUGUUAUCGGCUCUUAAAGGCCAGAAGCUGCCUCCCAAUCUGUCUACUGUUGGUAUUGUAAUUAAUGAGUGGCAAGUGCAGAUAUCGUCCUCUUCUAGGUUCACUCUGCCUCGCUUUCUGGCACAGGUAUGUGAUUGAAGCCUGGGAAUCCUGUGUCAUUAUUUCUUAAUGUUGGUCAACGUCAUCAGUUUGUAUUAUUUACUUGCUUGUGCAAUUUAUGCAAGACUGUGUGCGAGCGGAAGUGAAGGAGCUGUUCCGUCGUAGCAUCUGCUUUACAGAGGGUGGAAUUUGUACGGGGGACAGAUAUAGGCUGAUUUAGCAAUAGAACGGGAACGUCAGUUGACGACAACGCCCGCAAAUCAAACAACUGGCUUGACCAAACGGGGUGAAACAGCAAAAAAUCGGCGAGCAGUGCUCUUUCCCCUCGCCAGACUCCCUUCAGUUCGACUCGUUUUCGCUCGACGAUUUUUCGCCUUUUUUGCCCAGUGCGAAGCCGGGUUCCACGCUCUCUCAGAUCUGAAUCGGGGGGCAAUACGAACCAGCUGUGCAAUGUCUCGAUCACUUGCAAUUGGGAUCCAUUUCCUCUUUAAUCCAGUACAAGUACCACUGUGACUGAUGUUACGGUUAGCGUUGUCUUUGAUAGAGGUUACAGAGGGUAUAGCCUUCUUUCUGUUUGUUUCUCUUUUAGAGUGAUGCGCCUUCGAUAACAUUCAGUACAUGGGAUCUGGCAGGACAGAACGUUUAUUACGCAGCGCAUCAAAUGUUUCUGUCGCCCAACACGCUUUACCUGGCUGUGUGGAACGUUACGCAUGGAGAGGGAGGAGUAGAAAGCCUCAGACGCUGGCUUCUUAAUAUACAGGUAAAAAAAACUCGUGAACCCUUCAAGGGGCUUAUCGCUGAGACCAUUACUUAAUACAAGUGAACAAGUCUUUCUAAAACUAGUAAAAGUCGUUGCGAAAAAAUUAUCCACGCUACAUUUUUUUUAACAAUGUCUUUAGUAAGGUAUAUACAUGCUCAACGCUCGUUUCGCUUCUUAAAAGGAAUGACAUUAGACGUUAGCGAACAGGGCGUUAGCGAAACGACCGGUCACCACGUUGACUUAGCGGGUGUUUACAUGACACUGGCGCGACUUUCGCCCCGGAGCGAGUUCACUCCGGUUCCCUCUCAUGGCUCUAUAUUUGUUUACAUGAUACCACCACAAAAUGUCAUGCCGGCGCGAGUCACCCCGGCCUGAGUUCACCACAGUUGUUGUACCGGGGCGAGAAUUUCACUCCGGUACGAAAUCUCGCAACGGUAUCAUGUAAACGCGAACCGACCUAAAGAACCGACCACAUGUGUCGGUGUGAAAUCAGUCUGCGGGUGGACUGGAACGGGUAGCGCAUGCGUAAUGUUUGCGAUUUUGAAUCACACGUAUAUUUCAUUGACAUUAAGUGAAGUCAUCAUGUAAACGGGAUACAAAAUCAAAAAGACAUCCCGGUAUGAAACUCGCGCCGAUGGGAGUUUUCUGAUGGAAACACACCCUUAGCCAACUUUGGAAUUAAAAGAACUUGUAGGACUGAAAUCGUGGCAUGAAAGGUUCUCUCUUAAUCGCUACUUACUUGAAUUCCAGUUUAAGUAAGGUUCUCAAUUUUUACCAUAAAUUUUCUUGGUCUUCUACGCUGUUUUUGCCGGUUGUAUGUCAGCGUUUGUCCUAAUCAAUCACAAUUUUGUCGUCAAUACAAGCAAAUUAGAAAACGUGCCCCUUACGUUUUCCGCAAUAAAAAGGGAUGCUUACUUGAAAAAUAAAAAAUGCUCUCUUUUCCAGGCACGCGCGCCCUUUUCCGAAGUGUUAAUCGUCGGAACGCACGUCGACUUACUCCCGAAGAACAACCGACAAGCUCGCGCAGACGCACUCAAGCACAGCAUUGUCAAGAAAUACCUGGAUAACCAAGGAUUCCCGAAAAUUGUCGGAAAUAUCAUGGUGUCUCCGGUAACUGGCGAGAACAUCCCCGAGUUGAAGGAGAUGAUAUACAGCAAGGCGCUUAAGGUUAAGGACAACGGAGAAAACAUAAUUGGUCGAAGGGUAAGUUGGACGCGGAAAAUCCCCCCAUCCCCAAUUUUAUUGUUCCACUAUGACAAUAUUUGUUCAUUGGGAAGCAAACAGAUCACGCAUAUGAUAUCCGCGUGUAUGUCUCACUUCUUUUUGCGAACUCUAAUUACUGAUUUUUUUUCCUUUUUUGGCUACGAGAAUAAAUACUACGCAUAUUGUAAUCUCGUACUCAGUCGACAAGAGAUCUGGGUACGAGAAUACCCACAUCGUGAAAUCUCGCCUCUUUUAUACAUGUAUCUUAAAUCACGAGCAUAAGGGAUAUAGAUUCUAUAGAGCAAACGCAAUGGAAUAAAGGCCCGCAUUAUAGAAAUGUAAGUAGGUUACUCUUCGUCAUACCAGAUUUUGUACAAAUAAUGAAAAUCAAAACGACUCUUGCUUGAGCUUUUCUUAUUGUUACUUUAUUCGUGAGGUUUAAUUUUAGUAGUUUAUGCUAGUCUACUCUCUGUGUUGUCACACAACGUUUCUUUUAGCCUGCGAAAACAUCCGUUUCUCCUCGCUCUUCGUCGCUGAGGACGUUUCGCGCGGAGGAACGUCUGCGACUCAGUGACAGAAAUUCCAUACUGAUGACGCAAAUCAAUGUUUACAAAAUAAAUGCGGUAGUCAUGGGGUUCCAAAUAUAAAUUUGUCUAAUUUUGCGUGUCUUCUGGUCCAUUUUGGUAAAGUGUUGUGUUGAUCUGCCCACGAGCUCCAGCAAAACUCAAAUGCUUCUUCUAGAGAAGACUAUAUUCCACAAAUAUUGACUGUUUUGUUAGAGAUUCUUCGUGUUUACAUUUGACCUUUUUGGCCUUUUGUCUUUUGUCUGUCAUUUGUAAACAAUAGCUAAAACAAUGUAACUGCUCCGUCGACCAAUCAGCGCUUCUGACCGGAUUCUGGACAGAUUUUACGUCAACAGUAUGGAAUUUCUGUCGCUGAGUCGCAGACGUUCCUCCAAGCGAAACGUCCUCAGCGACGAAGAGUGAGGAGAAACGGAUGUUUUCGCAGGCUACGUUUCUUUAGACGUCUAAACAAAAAACGACUGUGUAGCGCGUGAGGAUACUUUGUCACGAUGAACAAAGUCAUUUUUUCACGAUGGCGUGAGCUUUCGUUGCAGAAAAACUUAGAACAAGGGUGACGUAAUCUCUGAAUUGUCUUGUUGAUCUGUCUUCAUACAGGUACCGCAAAGCUACAUUGAUCUGCAGCAAGCUGUUAUUCAGGAAGCCGAGCGAAGACGAUCCACUGGUGAACCGCCCAUUCUUCUAGAGGACGAAAUCCUUCAACUCGCCAAGUCUAGUCCCCAGAAUGACAUUCUGGAUACGGAGGAGUUGACUUUAGGUAGGCUCAGUCAAGUUUCGGAAAAGGGAACAGCUAUAGAAACACAUUUUAUGUUUGGGUUCUCAUCUCGUUGAGGCCUUUGGCUUGGUUCCUGAAAGGCCUAUUCGCCGUUAUACACAGUUGCAUUUACCUUCUUAUAUAUUGCUUAGAUUGUCAUUGACUUGUCUUGUCAUAACUUGAGCUCAACAAUUGCCUCGAUUACAUGUUUCUAGAUAGAGCGAUUUUCGUAUGACCUUAAAAUGAAAACGCGCGAAAAAAACAGAAACCACAAACGAACGGAAAUAGAGCGAUUUGAUUGGUUUAUCGAACGGAUACAAACGCACGUGGCUUUUAGUUGGUUAAGCGAACCCUCGAGUGAAAAAACUUCAUGUCCGAGAACUUUCUAGAAAUCCACUGCUACUUCGCUCUGACGUCAUGCUGCAACACCAUUGGCCAAUCGAACAAUGCCUCCUCCAUAUUAGGGUUUUCUUUGGCGGGAAAACGAAGAGGCCAUGUUGUGAUGUCUUUGUCCAUUGGCUGAUAAAACAAAUAACGAAAACUUACCGAAACCAUUGUUCAAGGUCAUACGAAAAUCGCUCUCGCAACACUUUGCUUCAAAGUUUACCUAACCCUGCAUGGCUAACAACUGUUAAGUUAUGUUCACAGUUGAUACCCGAGAACUAGCGCCUGGGAAACGGCACGAAAUGGUGUUGUGUUCACACCUCAAAGUAAGGUCAAGUGCAUAACCUUUCUUGCACGAGAAUGAAAAAUCAUGUCCAUAUCAAAGGCUGAGCACUUAACCUCGUUUUGAUACAGUGGCACGGGGGAACUGGGAAAUGGCCUACUAUUUUCUCAAUUUCGCCUUAUCAGACGCCAUUUUAAAACUAGAGCGAAGUAGGGAGUUUUGGUUAUUCUAAGCAGUGGAUUGCCUCGGAACUGACAGAAAACGUGAGCAAACAGGGACCCGUGCCCACUUUAGAGCCAUGUUACAAGGUCUUGACCUCGUAGUCGGGCACCACAUCGUGCCCUAACUCUGGCGUGGAUACUUGAAAAAAGGGUGUGUUCACAUUAGUGCCCAGCGAGUACUGUACUCGGGCACCGUGCCAGGACAUCAAGUGUGAACAUAACCCUUAGCUCUGGGAGAAAUGUGUCAGAAUGUCUUUGCUAGAACUUUUCUGUACCGUUUCUUUCUCCAGCCACAAGGUUUUUGCACGAAAACGGAGUCCUUCUUCACUACAAUGACCAGCUGCGCGGUUUAAACCAUCUUUACUUCAUCGAUCCUUCUUGGGUGUGUGACCUGAUCGCUACUCUUGUCACCAUUCGAGAGAGAAAUCCUUUCAUUGUGGACGGCGUCAUGAAGAUGAAAGAUCUGGAAUUAGUGUUAAGAGAUCCAAAGUUUCCUGAAGAAUUUAUACCGCAGGUAAUGUUUAUCAGUCGACUUAAAGUGCGAUCAGUCUGUCAUUGCCCCCCCCCUAUCUGCCCGUUCAUCGGCGUGAGGGGACCAGGCGUACCACAAAAUUAUAAUGUAGGUUCUUUUUUCUUCGUUACUGAAUCCAACGACUAUUAAAGGUCGUAGAUCUACACAAAGAUGUUCGGCAUCUUAAUGAACUUUCUGCCUAAAACCUCCGGACUAAAUAUGCGUCAAUGGAUACCAUUUUUACCAAAAUGACCUUAAAACUUUUCUCAAUGUCCUGAAAGAUCAGAUUUACAACUCUGCAAAGCUUCCUUAAAAGGUUAACACAUAGUUUAUUAAUUAGCAGAAGCGUUUAUAAACAGAGCGCAGCAGAGAAGACUUGAUAAAAUCCGAACUGCGAACUUCUUCGAAAACAUCUCUUGAAGAUCCAUUCCCCGAGGUCUUCCGGGAUCCAAUGCUUGUUUGAAUAAUUGUUGGGCCCUUUGUGUUUUUGCGAGGAAAAUUGGGGGUUAAAAUUUAAGCCGUGUUUUACACUCCUUAAGCACUUUAAUAGACGUUUUGACGGUUUUUUCAAGUUUUGACAUGGACAAGGUAGGGAAAAUCCGUCAACUCCCCUGGACAGAGCGCCUUUGCCAAGUUUGAACGUGAUUUGCUGAAAACUAACAAAGAUAUAGCUCUAAUCUCGUACUCACAUCUCUUGUUGACGAAGCCGAAGGCGCGAUCUGGUCACUUGAUUGCCUGUUGGGAAUGUGACAGGCGAUGAAAGAGCGCAUGCUAGAAAUAAAUCCUAAAUUUUUGAAGUAUUAAACAACUAAUUUGCAUGAUAGAAUCCAAAAAAUCGAACUUCUUACUUGACCAGAUCUCCCCCUCGGCUUUGUGAAUAUUAUAAGAGAUCUGGAUACGAGAUUUGUAUACUUCCUCAAAGUCGCGAAAUUUUACACCGACAUUUGUGUGCCCCUUGCCAUACAAACGUCUGUAAAUUUUCGCGACUUUCCGGAGCUAUAUAUGCGCUCGCUUCAGACGUAUCACUUUCAAAUUUGGCAAUUGUACUAAUUUUACCGUGUGAGCAAUUCCCAUACUAGGCCUAUGUCAGGCAGGGCGUUUUCACGGACCAGAGACAUUUUAGGGCACUUUUCCCCGCGAAAAUAGAAUCUCCGUUAUGUCUAUGAGCGCAAAAAGGAAAACUAAACGUUAUUAAAAGGCAAAAAAUAUCAUUUUCAGGUCUGUAGGUUUUGCUGACUGGUUUGUGGAAUCUAAAAGAUAUUCAAAAUUCGCGCCAAAACAGUUCUAAAAAUAAACUGGUCCGUGAAAACGCCUUGAUACUAGCGCAUGGAAGUUGCUCGCUCCGGGUUAUGGGCUCAUGUUUUAAGGCGCUCUUUCUAUUGGCGAUGGAUGUUCCCUAACUUGUCCUUGCAUUGUCCAAAGUUGAAGAAACCGUGGAAGGUUCUAUUCCCUUAAUGAUGUACAAACUAUUAAUUGUGAUUGUAAAUUAUCUUGCAGUACCUUCAGCUUAUGGAGCGUUUUGAGAUCGCUCUGUCGUUGGACGAAAAACAGCUUUUAAUUCCUUCUAUGCUGCCAAAGGAAAAACCUGGAAUGCAACUUCACCAACUUCAGAAGCUCAUUAGAAGAAGAGCCAACGCAAAGGUAUGCAAGUUCACAGCAAUAUGAACAUUUUUCUUGCAUCUUUGCACAGUGAGGACGCGUUGGCGCGGUGGUCAAUUCCUUUCACUUCAGUUCUGGGGUUCCGCUUCUUUUCGUGACUGUGUCAUCACAUUUUUAUCCCUUACAAUACAGGAAACCGCCCCAAGUUAUCCAGAUUCUUAGAUCAUUCUUAGACCGUCGACCUCACGUUUAUCAGUUGAAUUACUGUCACGAGUUAUCGACGUAAAAUGUGGUUGCUUUACCUUUAUUAUCAACCUUCCCUGUAGGGGUGGCGGAGAAUAGAAUAUAACAGAAUAGAGGGAGAGAGUUGGGGUAGUAACAUUCCAAGGUGCUUUGUGUUAUAAGAAGCCGCGAUAAUCUCAGGCCAAAAUAGCGUCUUUUGUGGCUCGUGAUGCGUCUCUUUUGUCUUUGUACAGAGUGAGGCGAAGAAUGAUCGCGACCGUUCAAGCCCCCAUCCAACCGACAGCAAAGAAAUCACCACCGUGCGCAGAAACUACCAAAUGGCCUACACCCCGAGCGGCUUCUGGAGCCGGCUGAUCACCAGGCUUAUAGUUUCAGUGCAAAGAUGGCGGGCAAUUGAGCAAAUAAAGGAAGAGAGCUAUUCUUUGGUUUACUGGCGUGAGGGAAUUGGAGUUGUGUACGAAGGAGGUUAUUUCCAAGUGGAGUCAUAUCAGGAGUUGGUAGGUUGCGUGAUGGUUUUGUGUUUCUCGUGUUGUGUGACCAUGAUUGGUGGGCUGUUGUCAAAUUUUCCCUAUUUGCCAUGCACUCCAUAAGCUACAUACUGACUCUCAAUUGCUCACGCAGGGCGCUCCAGAAACUUAAACUGGUAUUAAUCAAAGGUUAUGUUGCGUCGCCUUACGGAAUUACGCACCUAGCUGGGUUGCAUAAGAAGAGUCAAUACUUUCCUGAUCAGGCUUUAAUGCAAUUAAUUACAAACCGACAACUUCGUUUCUCGAUUUCUCGCGCUUAUGAACAUGCACAGACUGCUUACGAAAUCACAGGAUACCCAACGACUCGAUUACGGUGGGUCUACUUCGUCCACGCAAAAUCAAGGAGAAUUCUUUUAGGCGGCAAUACAUUACAUGGAAAACUGCUCGUGUGUGUGUGGUGGUGGUUUGGGGGGGGGGGAGGGGUUAGGUAUAGAAAGGGGGAAUUAACUUUCUUUUUUUAUGGGUUUGGUCUGGAGGACUACCCGGGGAAAUUUUAAAUCUUGGAGACCUGAAAAGUGAAUUUCACUGCAUUUUGGGCGACAAGGGAAAUGGGUGUAACUAUGAGAAUGGCACCUUUAAAUACUCUUAUUUGCUUCUUUUAUAUCACGUUUGCUUUCACCGACCAAGGUUGCGUAACAAAUAAGACCAAUUUAUUGUCCUCCUUACAAAAAAGUAUUUUCUCUAAGUAGCCGGCGCUUUGGUGACGACCAGACGGCGAUUUUCGCUGUCCUCGGUUGCCGGAGCUUCUGGAGAACCUUUAUUUUUUUAACAGAGAGAAUGGGCACAAGCUCUCAGGGCAACGAUUUCUGGGGUCGAUUGUUUAUUGUUUCACCUGUUUGGAAGUCAGUCCUAUUCUAGAGCCAAACGAUUGUAAACUGAAGGAUGCAAAACUGAAACACUUUUAUCACAAGUCAAUACUUAUUCUGUAUCAAAUGAUGAUCAAACAAAGGUGAUCGUGAAAUCUUUUUAUCGUCUACUGUUUUUGCACCUUCUUAGUAUCUAUUAAUUGCUUAACUUUGGAAACUACCGUAAAAUUCCGAAGAUAAGCCCCGGGGCUUGUAUUUUUCAAUAUAUUCGAAGGGGCUUAUCUACGUAAGGAAAUUUGCGUUUUAAAAUCGAUUGGGCUAGCCUUAUAGUUGAAGGACAUUUACCGGUUUUGCUUUGUUUUACUUUGUAUUUGAGGGCAAUUUCCAAGUACAAGCUCCCGAGGGAGCUUAUACUUGGAGGGGGAUUUAACGGAGGGUCUUUUGCGUUACGAGUUUGGGGGGCUUAAAUUUAGAGGGGCUUAUACGUGGAGGGCCUUAUUUCCGGAAUUUUACGGUAUCCUUUUUAGAUAACAUUAGUUACUUCUGCCUUGUCCCGAAGCGCUUCUUGGGAAUAUUUCGGCGUCAAAGCAAGAAGGAUCCUGGGAAAGGCGCAGCCGAAAAACCCAAGGAGAACCUGAGCACUCUGUCCUCCGCAGAAGCCUUUUUGUGUCGCAAGGAGGCAGUGGGGAGGGAAAAAUGAGAGCGCGGGGGACGACGGGAUCGUCCCCCGCGCUUAUUGCUAUUAGUGAGUUUACGCAACAGGUCGGCUGGAAGAAGAAGACGUGUGACAAAAGUGACAAAAAGUGACAGGGCUAUUACUGGCGUGUUUUGUCGUGAUAUUCACUGAACAUUAAUGUUUUCUGGUCUUUAUCAAGAAGAUCUGUCUAAAGAAAAGUGAAGUUUUGCGAAAAUUCAUUUCAAACAAAAUUUUUGUCACAGUUGUCACACACGUCUUUUUUCCUCUCCCGUCCUGUUGGGUAAGUUCGCAAAAAAAAACAACAACAAAUACGUAAUUGUCUGUUCGUUUAUGUGCUUGUACUUUUUAGAUCCCCAUCAGUCAGGGAAAUAAGGUGGCAUUUCAGGAAAUCAGCGGUAUAGCCAUCACUGUUUGGUCGGAGCAAAAUGACUUUGCUGCAAUUGGAUUCAUUGUCGACCAAAUUGAUGCUCUGAUAACCGAAUGGUAUCCAGGUGAAUAUGAAAGUCGAAAUUCUCCCUUCUUGUCCGUAUACAGUUCUCUUGUAAGUAAGCGGGAAAAGACCCUAUCCUUCCUCACCUAAGCGUGUCCAGGUUUAAAUUUUGACGAAAGAGAAGUCCCAAACUUCAUUUUCCCAAGUAAUGAAAGAGUUAUAAUACCAUGCAAAAAUACUGGCAAAAGCGUUUCAACUGAGUGUGCUCAUCACUACGUUGUCAUAAUAAACACGGCCACAUCAACGUACUGCUCUCUAGCUUUCGUUUGCAUCUCCACAGUGUACGAUUUGGUCAAGGAUGAAACGUUAGAAGCAUUCACAAUGUACUGCAUAAUUGGCUACUUUAAGUAUGAGACCGGGUCGGUGUUGUACCUUGCAAAUUUGAGCAGAUGAUCCCACCUCUUAGUAGGUCAAAGUUUGCUUUGGAUUCGAUGUCACAGAAAUGUUUGAGGUUUUUCCCAAAAAAGGUUUUUGUCUUGAUAUGUUCCAAUUCUCACAAGGAAAAAUUAUUUCCAAGCCAUUAACACAAACAAUUGCUCGAUGGUUUUUAAUGAUUUAAGGUACGGUCUUGCUAUACAAAACGGCUUUUUUAUUCCUUGUGUUAACUUAGGUCUAGACGAGACAGACAUGUACGGAUUGCCGUUGGUUCGGCGAUUAAUCCCAUGUCCACUCUGCAACGAGUUGAUGAUGUCACAUCGCCCGUCAAUGAAGCGUUCCGUUUCCAUGGAGUUUCCCGCUUCUUUUCACCCCUUGCAUCCUCCGCGGCCGCACAAUUUCACGCUUCCGACAUGCGCAGCAACGGCUCUGACUUUCUCCACAAUAAACUGUCCCUACCACCCUGACAGAGUGGUGUCGCUUCAAUACCUUAUUCCUGAUUUGAUGAUGGCAGAUCUGCCGCGUCAUUUCUUGGUUGAUCACAGCCAGUUCAAGUUUGAAGCGCUCGAAUCACAUAGGAUCGGAAGUGGAGGUUCGGGAGAGGUUUAUCGUGGCUUCUACAGGAACGAAGCUGUGGCCGUUAAAACGUUCCACUCUACGAAGCUUACAGGGUAAUUAAGUAAUAGAUACAAAAUCACAUGAAAAGCCUUACUAACCAACGGACGUUAUGAUUAAAAAGUAAAUUGUUUGGGGUAGGGUGGGGUGGGGUAAGGGAGAAAAGGGAGGAGUAGGCGGGGGAAGGAGUUAGUAUUUGGGUUGAUUAACUACCAAUACCGCUAAUACCGAAUUAAUUCUUGGUUAAUCACAACUAUGAGAAGCAAUCCUUAGUAUGAUAGGCAAUUAGUAGCUCUGAUUUUAGACAAAAUUGGACUGCACUCGUUUCUGUUGCAGUUACAAUGAAGGGUAAGACAGAAACAGUCGAUAAGGUGUCGUUAAAAUUGAAAAACAAAGUAAAAGUAAAACGAUUUUGCGGGGGUACUAACCCAAUUAUUGGUAAUCGAUUAGCUUACAUUGAAGACCACAAAUAAAGGCAGAGACAAAUGAUCGAAAGAAACAUAACAAGAAAAAACCUCAACUGGCUAGAGACAAACCAGUUGGCUAUUUACAAGCAUGGUCGAGGACAUCCGGGAUUGCCGAGUACUAAUCGAGCUAGUGUUUAGGGCGGGGCUUGAAUUCGUGGCUUCCGAAUUGUAAGUCCAUAUCGCUCUAAUCGCCCUGGACCAGUCAAAUAUAGUAACUGUAAUUUCAGUUAUUCUCUCUUUCAGUGCUCUGACUCGAAAACUUGGUACCUCACUACUAUACAGGAGUUAAAACAAUGGCAUUCAAACUCGUUGUGUUAGUCGAAAACGUUCCAUCGAGCGAAAUAUCAAACUUCCGGUUGCUAUUUAAGACGUCUGUGGAGUCAAAGAGCGCUAAUCCUGCUCAUGAACCGUUUACAGUGGCAAAUGUAAACCUGAGUGUUAAAUUAGCAGCCUUUCAUUCAUCAGCUGUGGCUAACUUCAGCAAGCAACCCAACGGAGCGAAUAGUUACGCUAAAGCUCUAAAUUAGAAACAGACGCUAUAGAUAUUCGGCAUUUACCACGAGCGUUCGCCAAGUAUCCAAAUACAAAUUGUUCAUACUGAUUUCGCUAAAUUCCGUCGAAGACUUAGUUGAGAGAAUUUGAAAAGAUCAAAGCAUUUUUUUCCGUUGCUGAUCAUUUUAGUAAUCCUCAUAACCUUCUCUCUUGAUAAUAUAGCGACACUGAUAGGAAAAAAUUAAUAUUGGUCACUCUUCGGACCUGUGAAGAACCUGUGGAUAUUCUUUCUCGUUUUCUUUGGUGCCUAGGUCGCCUCAUGAUAGUGGUCUUGGAGACACUAGGCCCAGAACUGUAGGAGGCGCUGGCUAUCGCAGACCUCACCGAAGCGAGAGUUCGAGCUUGCGCAGAUCAGAUUUCCGUUCGACUUCGUUUGAAGAUGAUAUGGAGGAGGAACUGGAGAAGACCAAGAUUGUUAAAGCAUUCUGGGAUUUACGACAAGAGGUAAAAUCAUUCUAGUUUUAGUACUUCUCAGUUGGCAGUUGGCAGAGCAAAUUUUCUGUAGGUUUGGGUUUAUACGGUUAUCCGAGUGCUUCAUCCUCCAACGGUUGAAAAGGAGAUCAAAGCAAGCGUUAUUUUUAACAUUUUGAAAUCCACGGGAUUCUGCUUAUGUUUAGCGAGAAAGCGGAAAGUACUACUCAAUAACCAGCUAAUACGCGCAGACACAUGUUACGCAUGUAGAAAAAUGCCCAAGCGUAUGGCGUACCCCAAAAAAACCCGCGAUGUAGUGAUUUGACUAUCGCUCCUUGCCAGAGUAAAGAGUAAAGAGGGAAAAUCUUCCCAAUUUCGCAAAGUCGAUGUGAAAUGCUUUAAUUCCAUUUUCAAUCUCGUAUUCAGUUGUUAGCUAUUAUCUAUUCAUUUUUAAUCGUAGCAAUUUUAGUAAUCUUAGUUCUUAUAAUUUAUAGUCACAUGCAUUUGUUUAUUAUUGUUCGCUGACGAUACCAAUGUAUUCAUGUCACAUAAAGAUCUGAACUAUCUCUCAGAUAUGUUAAACUUGGAGAUGGACAAACUGUCAAUCUGGUUUAAAGCAAACAAGCUUUCUCUAAAUCUUAAAAAGACUAAAUUUAUGGUCUUCAAACCAAGACAAAAGCGUUCAAUUUGUAAUUUUCAAAUAAGUAUAGAUAAUCAAAAUAUUUUUAAAGCAAAGGAGACAAAUUUUCUAGGCGUAAUUUUGGAUGAAAACCUAAAUUGGAAGUCGGAAAUAUCUCACGUUGCAAGUAAAGUUGCGAAGUCAAUCGGUAUAAUAUCUAGAUGCAGCUUCUUUCUUCCUAAAUCGUCUUUACGUAUGCUCUACUAUUCCUUAAUUUAUCCUUAUUUUUACUACUGCAAUAUCGUUUGGGCUUCGACCUAUAAAACUAAUCUCCGCCGCCUUGUUAUCCUGCAAAAGCGCAUUAUUAGAAUUAUUAAUAAAUCACAUUUUAAUGCUCAUACUGACCCCAUCUUUAAGGACCUCGGUAUACUAAAAUUUAAUGAUAUCCAUUUGCUUCAACUGGGCCAAUUUAUGUAUUCUUGCAAAAAUUCAUUCUUACCUCCAAAGUUUAAUAACAAUUUCUCUCAAAGCAAUCAAUUCCACUCUUACAAUACAAGAAAUUCCCAGGCCUACCGUCUACCGUAUUGUCGUACAAACACGAAGAAGUUCUCACCCUUUUUUCAAGGGCCUAAGUUUUUUAAUUCACUUGACAACAAGAUCAUCAACUCUCAAUCCCUCUCCUCUUUUAAGAAAAAACUGAAGAUUAAAUUAUUGAGUAAGUAUGAAAACAGUUUAUAAAUCUUUCCAUCUUCGACUUUUCGCCUUCUUCUCUUCAAUUGAUGUGAAACAGCUCUAGCUCAUAGUUCGAGGAGGCCUAACCUCUCAUAAGCUCCUAUAGUUUCUGUUAGGUCUCCUCGCCACUUCUUUUUUUUUUUUUUUUUUCUUUUUCUUUUCCUAUAUUUUUUGUAAUUAGUGUGGCAAAUAAAAUAAAAUAAAUUGUAGUUUUGAAUUGAUGAUGCAUCUAGUCGUUGUGUUUUCUUUUUUAAAAAAUUCUCUAUAUUUUUCAAGUAAAUGUUAUGUUGGUACGUACGCAUCUUGAAUGAACUUGUCAGCCCAUUAGACGAAAGGUAGAUAGGUAAAUGAUUACUUGUAUGAUUGAUUCAUUGAACAGAAUAUUUUAUUGACGUUUCGUUUAUGAGGACUCCUUGUGAUCGUGCAUUUUAUCAUUAUGUAAUCAUAAACUUUUCUUGCAAUCCAUUGGCAUUAUACUGCUUGUUGGUGAGGUCAACAGAUGCCUUACUCGUUUCCUCUUGUCUUCCUCGCCAAUCCCGUUUUCGUUACAUUGUAUACCAUUGCUCUUUCGUUUGUUUUGUUGCAGUUGAUGUUUUUUCUCCCCGUAUUUAAGGGCUUUUCAUUCAAGGAGCGUCUAGGCUAAAACCAUGGGUAGUUACUAUGGCAACUCAUAUGUACUGUUGCAACUAGCAGAGCUUAAGGUUGCCAUGGCAACUAAUGGCACUUCAACUGUAACUUGGCACUCGUACUUUAUAGUGCGCUCAUUGGUUUGCUGUGAUUACCCCUAAUUUCCAGACUAUGCGAAAAUCGCUCCAGUGAUCAAUGUUUUUGUUUGACUCUUUGAAAUGAAUAUUUGUUUAGGUUGCUGUCCUUUGCCGUUUAAGCCACCCAUGUGUAGUCCGACUUCUCGGUAUUUCCUUGCACCCACUGUGUUUUGUGUUGGAGCUCGCUCCCUAUGGCAGCCUAGCUGCUGUACUUGAAGAGCUUUCUACGAAGCGCGAGGAGAGAGAGCAGAGCCAGGAGACCUGUGUUGCUCGGUCUCGCGAGCCUAUACUCGGGCGCGAGCUGUCUUACAAAAUGGCAUUCCAGGUAAAUUUAUAAGCUAUUCCCGUUAAGACUUACAGUAAAACCCCGCGUAUAAGAACCUGGAUUUUUUAAUUUAGCCUUAACAGGUUCUUAUAUAAAUGGUACUUAAAGCAAAUUUAGACUACCAAGGUUCUUAAAAUAGGUUCUUAUAUUUUCAUCUGAAUUUCAUUUAAGUAUAUUAUAAAUAUCAUCUCAUAAUACAAUAUAAAUCGUUUAUACCAUAAUGCCUAAAGGCAGUACAGUGCAGGUAUGUCCUUAACAAAACAUAACAAACAAACUCAUAGUUAGUUCUCUGAAAUGCCAUUUCAAAGUUGAUACACUCUUACAGCAACUCCACUGAUAAGAACCUAACUAAAAUUUUAGCCUCAAUAGGUUCUUAUGUAGAGGGGGCUUGAAAUGAAAAUUUUAGCCUAAACGGUCCUGAAAAACCAGGUUCUUAUACGCGGGGUUUUACUUUAAUUCAUUCCGUGUCUUGUAUUCUCCUGACUUGUUUUCUUUCCUGUCGCCCCAUGUAAGGGAAUCCAAGACAGUCUUGAAUUGUGGAUUCCACGUAGUGGAUUCCGGGUCCCAAUUACUGGAUUCCGGAUUCUUUUUUAACUUGUAUUCCGGAUUCCAAAGCCCAAGAUUCACGCUUCUACAAUUCCGGUGUCCGGAUUCCCUUACGUUGUGUGAUUUCAGGGACCCGAUUCCCGAAAGUCUUGAUAACUUUUCGUGACUGAAAUCAAAUAUUCAAACCAAACCUAAAGAAUAAAAGCGCGAAUCCUGGGUAACAAACCAGUCCGUUUUGUAUUGUUAACUGAUAGUUUUAUCAAUCAUUUGCAAAACUAUUGAACCCCGAUCUUGAACAUAAACAGCAGCAGCUUUUCGAGCCCUUUAAUUUUGGGGACUUUUGAGAAACAAGCCUCUGAACCGGAUUCCUGAAAAAAUCCUUACCAAAGAUAGGUCUUCAAUAUUGUGGUCAUAAUAAGUCAAAGAAUACUUAGGUGGAUAUCUCGACCGCUGUUGUGUUAAGUAAUGAUUGGAAGGGAACGAAGAGGUAAGUUUUUAAAGAAACUGUGGUGCAUGUUUUUUCAUCUGCUGUUGACGAAGGGCUAUCGCUUGUGUGAAAGAUGCUACUAGUUUCCCUUGUGGGCUCAUAUUUCCAUUUUUUUUUUUGCCAGGUCGCCAGCGCCAUUUGGUAUCUUCACGAUUGUGACAUCAUUUACCGAGAUCUUAAAGCCGACAAUGUGUUAGUCUGGUCUUUGGACGAGACCAGUCUGCUUAACGUCAAGCUCUCCGACUACGGGAUAUCGUGUUUUGCUACACCCCAGGGAGUUGCCGGAGAGGAAGGAACGCCGGGGUAUCAAGCACCCGAAAUUCGGACCGGGGUUGGAUAUGACGAAAAGGUAAUUGGCUCGGAGUAGCACAUUUUUAUUGGAGUCUAAUUGUAGUGAAGCUCCCUCGAGGUUUUGCCUCCUCUGGAGUCAUUAGUGAGUUUACACAACAGGACGGCAGGAAGAAGAGGACAGCAAAAUGUUUGUGUCUGACAAACGUGACAGGGCUAUAACUUGCAUGUUAUGUCGUGAUCUUCACUUAGGAUUAAUGUUUUGUGGUUUUUACAAAAAGAUCUGUUUAAAGGAAAGUGAUGUUUGGCGAAAAGUUAUUUCAAACAAAAUUGUUGUCACGGUAGUCACACAAGGUUUGCCGUCUUCUUUCCUCUCCCGUCCUGUUGCGUAAUUUCACUAUUUUUGGGCGACGGGAGAGGCGAGGAGAGGGUAGGAACGUGUGCUGAAACCCAAAGUAUGUCUGCAUAGGAGGCCACCUGCCUCCCAAUACGUGAAAGUUGGGCACUAUCCAUUACAGAGUGGCGGCUAAAUCCUUGGGUGUCGUUGUUACGGCAGGCGUCGUUCCUUGACCAUUACGAGCGUGCUUUUCCGACCAUCCUCCAUGUUCACCGUAUUAAACUAAUUUGUCGCCAUAAGGAAAUUUUGCUGGGCGUUUUCUCUAAUGUGCAACCAAAACCACACCUGUGUACGGUCCAAAAUUAAGAAACUAGUCCUCGCAAGUGCAUUUGUGGGCUCCUGCCCAUUAAGAACAGUUGACGCGAAAUAAGACGAGGGAAAGAGGGAAAAGGUCGUCUUUCGGGCUUGCUAUAGAUUAUCGACGAUCAUAUACUCUGACUAGGACAGGCAGGCUUAGUGUUUUUUACUGGGCUGCCUAUCGCAUUCCCAGUCAUAAAUCCUGUUUCGGUGUUAAUUAUUAACCCAAUGAGCCAGAGGGCGUUGCGUGUUUCCAUAAAGCAUUUUUCACAUCUUUGCAGCUUCUGUUUGGUUUUAGUAGUUAACGCCAAUACUCAAACAAUUUUUUGGAAGUAGCACCAAACUAGCCAGAAAGAUAACAACAACAGUAACUGUUUUAUAUAGUGAUAAAUACGCACAGUGAAGUAAAUACAAUCUGCAAGGUUCGAUAUUAAAACCCGUAAGUAGCGUAUCAUCCAAACACAUGGCGUUUGUUUUUGUUCUAGGUGGACAUUUUCUCCUUUGCAGUCUUCGUUUAUGAGCUUCUCAGUGGCUGCCGGCCCUUCCGUGAAUAUCGCAAUGUAGUAGAUAUAAAGAAGGCGAUUAGACGUGGAGUAAGACCAUCAAUGGAAAAAAAUACCUUAGAUACGCAGUUACCACGACUGGAAGGCAUCAUGAGGUAAGAUAUGAUUUACUUAAAUACACUUUAAGUAUGAAAACAAUAAAUUCUAGUCUCUAGCCUAGUAUAGCUUUCGACUAUAUCGCACAGUCUUCGUCAAAAAAAAAAACCCUCAGUGUUGUCACGUGAAUUAGUCACGCCGAGACAACAAAUAAUUAAAAAGCGCGGGAAGUUCAUAACCCUUAUCUCUAUUUAUAGAGGGGCCGUACCCUGGCGUCUGAUGUGGGUGGCAGCGCAGCUUCGCUGCGUUACAGAGUUCGCGCCAAAAUCACCGUUCUUGUGUGUGAACAGAAGCCCCAUCCGGUAUUGUUUUCGCGCCGGCGCAAAAGCUAUCAAGUAUAGUGUGAACAUAGCUUUACUUUUUUUAAAUAACAAACGUUGCGUAUUAACCAUUUCGCUGCGGAAUUUAGAACUGGUUUUCAAUUUAUAGAUCUUGCUGGCAUCAGUUGCCAGAGAAGCGACCGCCAGCCAGCGAAAUAUUGCGGCAGAUGGAAGAGCCAGCAUUCCUUUGUCAGUGUCGUCUUGUUCCAGAAACCAGCGAAGAACGACUGGAAAAAGUUACAGCCAUUCAUGGGCUGUCACAAUCUGGACCAGGUAAUAAGCCUAAACCUCCUUCACUUCUUUUGCUUCUGCAAGGGCCAACAAUCACUUUUUUACGGACAAAGGCCAAAUUUCUCUUUGGGAAAUAUUAAAAUAGCACGAUUUAAUUUGAAUGGUCACACCACAGCAGUUCAUCCUCAGACUCGAAAGUUAGAACUACAUACCAAAUAAACAGUACCUUGUAAAAGUACCACUGAAGAGGUUUCAUUUGAAUGGUAACACCAUAGGAUUUCAUCCUCAGACUUCAGAGUUGGAAAUACUACGAAAUACUGCAUUCUACAUACUUAACAAAAAAGUAAUGAUAAGUACUCGUUUAAUAGUCGUAAAAGCCAGUCAUGUUGGCCCAGCGGUAAGUUAAUGCUAGGACCACCAUCAUGAUAACAAAUCACUGUGAAAUUGAUAGAAAUAUACUCUAAAUUCCAGUUUUUGUAGGACGUGAAAAAAGAUGUGGGGAAAAUUUGAUAUGCGCAGACACCAUUUUAAAAACCAAAGAUACCAUACCAGGGGACAGAAGCAGUGUAUCUUAGGAUCACCCCCUCAAAUCCAGUCUCAAAUGAACAGAUGAACUCUUCAGUUCAUCUUUUCCCUAAAUAAUAUCAAUAUACUGCAAUUUAUUGUGUUUGUUUAAGUGUUGACAGAGAUUGAAAUAAAAUAUUUUUUAAAAAAAUCUUUUCCCUUAAGUCUCACUAUACGUUAGUGAACAACAGGGAGUGGUCAAAUCCAGACUAAUAAGGACGUAACCGUUUUGGAACUUAAAAACCUGUUCGCUUGUCUGAUCUCACUGCUAUCGUCGCUUUUAGUCCAUGUCCUGUCUUACGCCUACUAUUUCUAAUGGGUUUCUUUUUUUAGGAAAUCCCAUGGUUUCUUCGAGUACUGAUGGCAACUCCGAAAAUUCCUCUAGUUAUGUGCUGUUAUGGAGCCGUGAGCGUGACAAGCGCCAUUACAGUAUGGUAAACAUUGAAACAGGAACAUUCUUAUCAGAAGAGCAAAACUGCCCUGGCCAUAGGGUCCUUUGUAUGACAAAAGUUGAAAAUCGAACCUGGCUUGGAACAGAGGUGAGGAUAACAUGUUGCUGCUUUUUUCGGGCGAGCGAAGGAAAGCGCGAAGCAUGUGAGAAGCGCAAGAUAUGCGCUUCUCCUUCCCUCGUCGCCCGUGUCUCGCGCUCUACGCCCACUACAUGGUCUAUUUGCAUGUCAAACGCGAGAAAAUAGCGUCUGUUCGGCUUGUUUAGUUCGUGUAAUCGAGAGACAAGACUGCUUAAUUGGAGAUCGUAGCUAAGCUUUCCGGUCUUACAACAGACUAAGUGUAAUGACGUUUACAGUAGCCUCACAGGCAAAUCAAGCAGAGGGUCGAGCACUCCUCCACCCAUUUUUGUCUGAAAUUUUGUUUUAUUUCUAAAGUCUAUUUCCGAGUCUUCCAGAGCUUUGAUUUCUUGUCUGAAAUUUCUGGAGUCAAAUGCUCGAAGAGUUCUUUAAUCAAUAAAUAGUAAGUAAACGACCAGAAGCCUCGGCUGCCCCCUUUCUGGAUCCACAUUUGUCGAGGGCACAUAUAUCGCAAGAGACUCAGACAUUAUACUUUAUUUUUUUAUAUUGUUAGGUGUAGGUUUUCUCUUCAUGGCCCCUCUAAUGUUUCAACGUUAGAUCAUUUAUCGUAGUAUAGUGAGUGUAAACUCGGAUGGAUUAGCCUACGUGGCAGCCGUCAAAAGGGGAGGGGAAGGGGGAAUUAGCGCGCCCGAAAUUCCCCCUGCCCCUGCCCCUGCCCCUCCCCCUUCCCUUUUAACGCUUGCCACGUAGGCUGGAAUUGAAUAUUUGGUAUUUACUAGAGAGCUUUAGAUUCUGAGACGAGGACGACUACAAGUACGAGAUUUUCUCAAUACUGAGUAUUGCUCACACGUCAGUCAGCGUUAUUUUGGAGGGAAAACGUGAUAGCUGUCGUCAUUCUACUGCGAGCUUUAGCGAGAAUGUCGUAGUGGCGGGAACAAGUUAUCAAAUUUGAGAAGCUUAAUCAUUUUGCUACCGUGAAGGGCUAAACCUUGUCCAAAAAAAGUAACCGCACUAACUUUUCAGGCAAAAAAUAAUACAAUGAAGCUUUCCAGGUUGAAUAUUUUUCGAGUAUACGCGAAAAAACUUUUAAGUUAAGUCUCGUACUCGUAGUUGUCUUCGUCCCCAAAUCUAAAGCUCCGCACUAACCCAAUCACUAGAAAGAAUUCUUUCCUUUACAGCUUGUCUCACUUCUCUGAUCUUCCAACAAUAAAGCAACGGGUAUUUAGGCCCCGUUUCUUCAUUUUUGGGAGACCAGAGACGACGAGGUUAGAUACACUAAGGUAAACGUAAAUUGCCUGGCAAGGUAAGUAGAUAAAGGCACCCCUUUAUCGAUCUAACGAAACUACGGAACCGCUAUACAAUAUCACAAACAACCAAUGUUAUUUACGCGCAUAGUGCACUGUACACAUCCUUUCUGUAUCGACCUAUGGUCAGUGGCCAAGUGGAAUUGCAUAGGAGAGUUUUCUUAAAACGUAAAAAAGUUAUUUUAGUGAAGUAAAGUGAAUGAAGUUAAUUCGAACAUGAGCGGAUUUAGCAGGCGGCACCACCUUUUCCUUUGGAUAUUAGAAUUAUCAUAAUACAGUAUACAGUAUUUAUAGAGCGCUAAUUCCCAAUGGUCCAAAAGUCUUCCCGAGACUUUAAAAUUUCUUGACACAAAUGCGUUCAGAGUUCUUUGGGCAAUGAAUGGUAUCUAUAAAGUUAGCACACCGGAAGCCUCGAUCCCCUCUUCAUAAAUCUUCUAGAUCCGCCCGUGAGGUAGUCUGAAAUGUCAGCGUCUCUUCGAGGACGGAGAGGGGAGAAGACACGGAGGACAUUUCAGACUACCCCUGAGGAAACCUUUCACAUGGAGAACUCCCAAGACAGAAUUAUAAGAUAGAUAAAGAAUGCUUUUGGGCACACGUUAAUAGUGUAUAUCGAUUUAGCCUGCGAAAACAGUCGUUUCUCCUCUCUCCUCGCCGCCAGGGACAUUUAGCGCGGAGGAACGUCUGCGAGUCUUUGACAGAAAUUCCACACUGAUGACGUAAAAUCUGUCCGGAAUCCGGUCAAAAGAGCUGAUUGGUCAAAAACAGUCAUUAUUAGUGGAAUAUAUUCUUCUCUAGAAGAAGCAUUUGAGUUUUGCUGGAGCUCGUUCGUAGAAGAACACAAGAGUUCACCAAAAUCGAGAAACGUAAAAUUGAACAAAUUUGCAUUCGGAACCCCAUGACUAUUUAUUAUGUAAACAUUGAUUUAUUUUCGGCUGUUUUAGCAGGCUAAUAUCGGUUAAAUAUAGGAAGAGCGAACCCUUUGUGAUAUCACUUUAGUUUCAUUUCAAGUUUAUGUUGACGAAUGAAGUCACAAAUGAUUUAACAGUGGCACUCGGAGAUGCCUUAUUUCCUUGCUUAUCUCAAUGGCAGUUUAAUGCUAAGUAAACACGUAAGUUUUUCACCUUUUAUCCACAACUUUGAUAACUUCCUCUUCUCUGGAAGCCUCUUUCGAGCUAAAGUAGGCUUUAUGACAAACGCAAAUGCUCAGAAACUGGGAAGAGUGGGGUGGCGGUUGACAAGAAGGCACGUAGUAAAUACUGGGUAGAGGACUUCUUCCUUCCCCCGUUAUUCCCUACCCACACACUCCCAUUUUCCGUCUCCGGGAGGGACUGGAACUAGCAGGAUUAAAAAAGGUCUAGUAGUACUCUGGUUUCAACAACAUAAUUAUAACUGAACAGUAUCAUUAUCUUUUACGUCAGGAGUCGAUCGGCUCCUGUUUACGUGCGUUUAUUGCUUUCUAUUUCAUCUGGUAUUUCCCAGUAAAUUUAACGUAUCUCCUAGAUUCCAUGUGUCAAUAACAAAAACCACGCUUGUAAUGUAUUACCGUGCUAUAAUUCUUUCGAUCAAGAUUAACCUAGACUACCCUGGGUACCAGAGGUUAUUUCUUGCUUGCGAUGGGUUACUUCGGGGGCCGACACAUCUUCGACCGAAGGCCGAAGCCACGAACGACGAAGUAGCGCGGGCCACUAUAAAAAGGUAACCGAAACCGAAAACUGCGCAUGAAAAGUCUUUGGCACCCAGGGUAAAUCUAACCCCAGAGAUUCUUGAUGCAAGCCCUAUGACUUGUUUUAUUUGAACGGGCACGCUAGCUGAAAGAUCAUAUGACAGCGUCGUUAUUGUUUGCCUCCAUAGGGGUGCACAGUAGAGGUGUUCGGACGACGGUCCUGGCGUUCGCCCUCAACACUAUGGUCCUACACUACUAAGGCCCCUGUCUUAGAGCUACUGACUGAAUGUGCCUCUUCUGAGUCCGCUUCUUUUGACAUGUUUCAACCACAGGUAAAUAAGGGUAUUUUUGUAUAAAGCGAGCUAGUUGCAUGAAUCAUGAGGCAAUCCGAACUUGGUUCGUUAUGACCAUGUUGUCAUUUCUUCAUACUCGCAUAACGACUUGAUUACAUGCUUACCCUAAACUGCCGCUUAUAAGCCCUGAGUAGCGUUCGUACAAAGUCUUGAAUUCUUGAAAAAGUCUUGAAAUUUGCUCAGCAAUUUGCCAGACCUGGAAAAAGUCUGGAAAAUAGAGAUUAAAUAUUGAAAAAUGGUAAAAAGUCUUGAGUGUUUUUUAAAGCUACAAGUGCUUUAUAAUUGACAAUUUUUUCGUUUUGGUCAAAUCUUACUCAAUCUUGCCCGUAUGUUUGCAGGGUAUCAUGAAAAAAGCUUUGUUCCUGCGUUUUUUUAAGGUUUCUAUUUAUCACCUAUUUGAUAACCUUCAGUCUGGAAAAGUGAAAUUAUUGUUUGGAAAAAGCCUGGAAAAAAGGCUUGAAUUUUGGAUCCAAACAGGAAUCUGGGCCUAGGACUGUGAGGAUUGGGAGGGCUAAGAAGUAGCCUGCGAAAACAGCCGUUUCUUCUCGCUAUUCGCCGCCGCGGACUUUUCGCGAAACGUCCCCAUCGGCGAGGAGCGAGGAGAAACGGUUGUUUUCGCAGGCUAGCUAUUAAGUGGUGGGGCUUUUAAGUGACAGUUCACAGUAUGACGCAAGUGUGAGCCACAACACGUCAGUUUUUGAAACUAGCUCUGCUAACUCUCGCGAGAGCUCACCUUUUGACGGAUAAGCUUUGUUUAUCGUUCAUCUUACGGCAGUGACUCUUACAUUGAUCGCUGUGUGUCAAUCGCUUGUUGCUGCUCUGGUCUCUAGUGCUUGCAGUAAAUAAUUGGUGCUUUUCGAUUCAAAUUAAUGGUUGGUGAACAUUGAUCCUCAUGUUGUUAUCUUAAGUGUUAGUUUGUGAAAGGUUGGAAACCAAGAGUCAUUUCAUAAGUAGGUUGAGUUUGAUCAUCCGGGUGAACGUAGUCCUGAAUAGGACCCCUGUUGACAGUGACUGACAUUUCGACAACCUGUACGGUAGUCAUCUUCAGAGUCAAAGUGAGUUGUAUCACGUCCGUUGAUGGUUUUUUACUCUGGUUAUUGACCCUAUUGGUCAAUUAAGUCGCCAUAUUAUUGGUCGUUUGUCAGUUAAGCCGUGAUGUUAUUGGCUAUGAAGACUUGCAAUGUCAUAGGUGCAUUUUGAUCCGUAUAUUGUCACAGUUAAACAGUCGUGUACUGUUAGUCAAAUUGUCGGUUGUCCAGUCAUUCUCUCGUGUUUAGUUACAGGAUAGUUGACUCUCAUUUUGCCUAAAACGUCAAGAGAACCUUUUUGUGCGUUAUGGGCUUUGGAACGCGUCCUGUUUCAACUGCGGUAAUUUCGCUGUGGCCAAGAGGUGAUAAAGAAAGAGAGCCGAUUUCCAUACAUGCGCUUCUUCCAAUGAUGAUUUUCCCCAGACUAAUUCCUCUUCAGCUAUGCCGACAAUUCCUUAGAAAGUAGUUAGAGAAAGUUUUUUAGUACGUGUCAUUACAAAUGUGAUAAAGAAAGAGAGCCGAUUUCCAUACAUGUGCUUCUUCCAAUGAUGAUUUUCCCCAGACUAAUUCCUCUUCAGCUAUGCCGACAAUUCCGUAGAAAGUAGUUAGAGAAAGUUUUUUUGUAUGUGUCAUUACAAAUGUCACUGAAGUAUGGCAGAAGGUGGUAUACCUUUUAGGUCGAUUUCUGCCGCUCUUUCGGUCCUCGCCGUGAAGACUCUGUUCGGGAGAGGAACGCGGGCUCAUUUCCCGAACAGCGGCUGGUAAUUGAGCCCAGUAUACCUUAAAUGAUCAAUUCACUACUUUCACAUAGACCAUAAUGCACCUUGUUUACCUUCCAAAAUUUUGCAUAACCAUUGUUUCCAAUUUCUCCUGGGUAUUACAGUCGUCCCAAGAGAAAUCGAAGACACUGGUUAGGCAAAAUUUUGGGGGGUAAACAAGGUGCAUUAUGGUCUAUGUGAAAAUGGUGAAUAGUAUAGCUCAGCUAAAAAAUCUCAAAUUUUGCCCUUUAUUCGACUGUACCCGACGCUUUGUACAACGUGUAGCCAGCCGUUACUGUAUCACCUAUGUAUCUCGCUUGAUAUUUCUUUCAGGGAGGCAAAAGCGUUAAAAAUGUGUACGCGUCUCUUGCCAAUGGUACUCUAGUUGUGUUUUCUAAGAAAAGCAGCAGCGAACGAAGAUGUUCUCACAAUGACGUGACGCUUGGAUUGAAGGAAGAUGACGAGAUUGUCGCAAAAGAGAGUGACAAGUGGUCCAAUAUUCAGGUUUAUGACUUAUUUGUUUUUAUUCAAUUUACGAAUUAAAGAGAGUGUAAUUGGAGAAACAGGUUUUUUGUUUGUUUGUUUGUUUGUUUUUUUGUUGUUGUUUGUUUGUUGUUGUUGUUUUUGGUUAAAACUGCGCUAAAAUAUACCUUUUAGAUUAUGAGUUUAUGCAUGUAAGGGCUUUUUAAUGAUAGUAGACCCUAAAACAAUAGGCGAGACUUUAGAGGACUUCCAAGGUGAUGGGCUACUUAGGUCGUAAAAUAUCAUGCUGGUUACAAGCGAUUUUGCCGUUUUAGUUCCUUGAGCUCUCCAAGAUAAAACAACCAAAACGUUUUAUUGGCUGUGAUCACCUGCUGUCCCUUAGGUCGAUAUUCCAGGCGGCGAUGUUCCAUGUGAUUUUGCGCCGGACUGUGACAACCAUACCGGAUAGGGCUACUGUUCACACACAAGAACGGUGAUUUUGGCGCGAACUCUGUAACGGAGCGAAACUGGCCUCGCCGAUCUCUCGAAAUUCAACCAUACCGGAUAGCUUUUGCGCCGACGCGACAACUAUAUCUAAGAACGGUGAUUUUGGCGCGAACUCUGUAACGGAGCGCCUCGCCGAUCUCGGAAAUCAAGCUUCACAUAUAUCUGAGCAGGGCUCGAAACUGCGACUAACACGGUCGCCAAUGCGACUAACGUUUUCUCCUUUUCUCCUGUUCGCCACUUUGGCGACCAGAUUUUUCUAUGAUUUAGAUUUAGAUUAAUAGAGUUGAGUUAAAACAAACAUUUCAUCUUAUCUUGCUUUGCUUUCGUCAUAAAAAAUGUGCCAAAUCGCAUAAACAAAGCCAGUUUACCUCCAAAUUUAUACCGACUUCUGUCCGCGAUAUUUUCAAGCAAUCAAAUGUGAUGGAUUGCGCCAUACUAUGAGCUGUGUCAUUUGGCGACUACACAUUUGCAUCUGGAGACCAUAUUUCUCCAGUUGGUCGAGGAUUUUUUUAAUUUCGAGCCCUGAAUUCUUAUAAGGUAUGUUCCUCACUUUGGUGUAGUGUGAACAGGUAUUCGGACAGUAGCGGAAGUAAAUAAAUAGGAGCGAGGCUGGAAACCACUGAGACGGAAGUAAAUUUUUAGGAAUGAGGAUUGGAAUUCUCGUCACCAAACCCUCUCAGCCAACCGCUUUGGCUUGACUUUCGAUGUGUCUGAACGACUUAUUCUAGUUCCGUGCCGUUGCUGCUCAUACUAUGACGGACAGCUUUCCGUGUCGGAACGAAAACGGUAUAGCGUAAAUAUAGCCUUCAAUCGGCGACAAAAUUGUUGAGACAUUGUACUCAAAUAGGGUCUAACUGUCCAUGGACGUAAAGAAGGUGAAAAAUGUGAAAUCUAGUAAAAAGAAAUUGAAUACGAAUUUGAUCGCUAAGCAGAAAGAGACAGGUAAUCUUGAAUAUCUUUUAAAUAGUUUUUACAAUAACUUGUUUUAGAUAGUUAAUAGUUUUUAAAUAGUUCAAAUUUCUACAUAAGACUCCAGAUAGUUUUCUAAAUACUAUUUUUGCUUGUUUUUAAAUUGCGUCCAUUAAUGUUAAGAAACGGUCCAGAUAAGAACGAUAGCACUGAACGGCAACGAACAUGUUGGAAUGCAAAAAAGGUGCUAACUUUUCUAUUGUCUGUACUUACUUCUGAUUGGCUUAAACAGCAAAAGUUAACAAGACUUCAUAAAGCAGUACAUAUAUUCAUCCUUACUUUCCAACCAUCUUCCAUAUAACAAAAUCUGGUCUCAGUUUGAAUAACAAAGAAAUCCUAUGUGGGGAACAUGUAAAAUUGUAAACUUUUCUUGGCUGUUGUUUUCAACUCUUUUGAUUGGUCAAAAUCUUUCUACACAAAAAAACACCCUUUCAAAGUGGAGUGUAAAUGCAUUUUAUUGCGUAAACGGCCUUCAUAUAGGUUAAUGCAUUCUCUGUGUAAAAAUGAGAACAUUCCUAUGUGGGGAAAGCACCGUUGCCGCAUAACAAAAGAAAUUGCUAUCCACCUUACCCAGAUCAUUACUUAAUUUUUAUCUUUUUAUAGUGAUAGUGUAAAAUUAUUUUAAUACUAAUUUUGUUUUUAUGUUUUAUAGAGGGGCACAAAUUUAUCAGUUUUUUUCGUCACUAUCACGUGUCUACCCUCUUUAAAUAAAGGCGUUACCUUACUUUACCUUACCUACGGUAACUCAGGAGAACAAAAGAAUCCGCGCCCCUCCCCUGUCCCCUCCAUUCAAAGUUGGGGUGUUUGUUGUUUUCUAUAGGUAGCUCGAACAUGGGCACAACAUUGCAUGGAGGGGAUGGGGGAGGAAAAGCUAUAAUUAUUAUUUCCUCCUUUUGAAGUUAAUAAAACGUAAAAAAGCCCCCUUUUGGGCAAAGUGUCUCAACUCAUUUUGUCGCCGAUUGUUGAUUUGCGUCAUCGUGCUGUCGUGGUCGUGUCAUAUAAUGUUGGGUCUGUAGGUCAAAACUUUGCAACCGUGAUUUCCUCAUGUUUACAUUUGACGUCGCACGAAGUUGCGUCGAUGUGAUGUUGCACCUUGUGUCCAGGCGAAUUAAGUCUGAAAACGUAAAUUGAGCGUGUUUUUCAGAUUGGACAAGACUUGAGAAGAUUUCUUUCACUCAGCUCGAGUUAACAUAUGAUACAAAUUGAAUUAGCGAAGACAAAUAAAUACGUUUAUAUUUCGCACAUUUAUCUGUCUCUUUCGUCAAAUUAUAGGUCGUGAACCUUGGUCAAAAUGGUAUGCCAGCCAAAAGCAUGGUCCUUGUUCGCGAAAACAAAGAGUUAUGGGUGGGAUGUGGCAAUAAGAUUGUCAUUGUGGACACGAAAACUCUGCGUGUCUUGGACGAGAUAGCUGUGUACCAGACGCAGAGAACCCAUGUUCGAAUCAUGGUCACUGAUGGCGCGCGUGUUUGGAACGCCGAUAGAAAGUCGACGAAAAUUUUGCAGUGGGAAGUGAGCACUCGCCAGCUCACUCACAUCUUUGACUGCGAUGUUGAUAGUGCGGUUGGAAAGGUGUUGUGUAGCGAGGCAAUGGAGCCGCGUCGCAAGGAGAGACAAGAAAGUUUGAACCGCGUACGUGACACACCAAUAAGUGAUCCCCUGGAAAGUUUUGACCAGCCGUCUUACACGGAAGCUAUGUUUAAAGAGGCGAUGAACCGCGAAGCGAACGAAGAUGUCAAAACAGAAUCCUUGCGCAAAUAUUAUUCCUUUCCGCGGAAUACUCCCAGCCCUGGUUUCGGAAUUUCCGAGGACGAGGAUUCGGACAUCUCAGCAAAAUCUGUUUCUCCUCCUGUUUCUAUUCCCGGUUCACAGGCACGGUUUCUUAGGGGAAAAGCCUCCCAGGAAACCUUGCCCAGCCGUGGUCGCUCCCUUUCAGCGAAAACCGAAUCUAGUGCUUCCCUUGAUAGCGGCAUUUCGUCUCUACGUAUCACCUCCAUAACGAGAAGUGACACUGAACGAACAGUGAAGAAUACUUCGAGCACGAAUUUGCAAGAUGAUUUGCAAGAUGAAAAGGCCUCUUUAAGGGAAAAUUGUGAGGAGGUUCAUAGCAAACUGGAACAAAUGAAACCUUUUGAUACCGAACAGGAGCUAGAUUCAAAUGGAGGCUUAUCAACCGAGAGUCACAAAGGGUCUACAAUUGAUCAACAGCAAGACUCUAGUGAGACAGAAAAUAUUGGGAGCUGCUCCUCAAAGAGUGAGCCUGACACCCAACAAGUUGGGACCGAGUCUGUGAUCACAAGCGACGAAAAAGUCGAAGAACUCGAUGGUGAUCAAAAUGAAGCUCAAUUCGAACUAGUAGACAAGGAAGAAACGCGACAAGCCUUUGUGGAGGGCACAAAGAAAGUUCCUCGCUCUGACGAAGGUAGUUCUCAAAACUGUCCCUCAAUGGACACUUUGCAGAUGCGUUUCAACUCUUCCUCUCGUGCGCCUUCGCUGAUGAGUUCACAGAGAAGAAAGUCGCAACGUCGGCCAAAACCUCAAGAGAACAAUAAUAAUAACAAUGUGCCACCUACCUCUACGAAACCUUGGGCGCGUAGACCACGUUUGCGCAUACUAGCCGGUUCAAUAAACCGCGUGACAGCGCUUCUGUUGGUAAAUGGCACGUUGUGGAUUGGGCGUGGUGUUGGUGACAUACUCACAGUGAACGUAAAUUCAGCCGAUAACGGACUUCCUCCUGGUCACGUGUUUGCGCAACUUGAGAGCGACAAUCUCCUGGGUUACCAGAACGGGCAAGUGGAUGAGAUUGUCACCAGUGGCACGAGUAAAAUCGUCUGCCUUCGUCGGCUGGAGCUCGAUCGAGGGAGCACGACGAACGAAGAUCAAUUCACAGAGCGUUACCAGUUGACCGUGUGGGAGGCCUGGGGCGAAACCGAGUUUAGGAGGUUUAAAGAUCGCCUGGACGACUUUAACGCUUUAGUUGAAUAA